ACCAACAGUCAUCUCAUAAGGCCGCCAUCAAGGAGGACACGUAUUUUUAUACGGACAUGAUGCACGUUCGCCAGAACGUGUGGCUGCUAGCUACAGCGGCCGUAUUUGCUGCUGUUGUAACAUCUGUCUAUGGAUUCAUUGAACCGAUCCCAAUGCCGGAAAACCUUGACGAAUGCUACCAGUUCCGUACACGAAACCUCAGUAUCACAGCUGUGCCUUCACAGGACAUAAACAUGUUUUGUAUAACGCGAUUCCUGUACUCCACAACUCACCUUCGUCCACAACGUCCUAUUUCCAACGAGACUAUUUCGUACGCACAGGAAUUAUUUCGUCAACUUCUCGCUCAGUACAGUCCGGAGGAGAAUGGACAUCGAGUGAAGAGGCAAUUCAACAAUGUCAGACAAGAGGUUCGCACUCUGACAAGACCCCAAUGGAAUCUUUUCACCAGCAGAAUCAACAACCUGAAAAAUACACCGGUAGGGAACGGACUGAAUCGCUAUGAUUCCAUAGCAGAAAUCCACCGACUCGUCGUGGCUUCGGCGCACAACGGUCCUAACUUUUUGGGUUGGCACAGAAUAUACCUGUUGCUACUUCAAAUUGCGUUGGGUGGUGUUCCUAUACCCUACUGGGACAGUCGACUUGACUUCCGUAUGGUCGAACCAACUGACUCCGUUCUUUGGACUGCUGAAUUCUUCGGAAACGGGUUUGGAGCUGUAACUGAAGGUGCCUUUGGAAAUUGGCAAACUCCUGGAGGUUCUGCUCUGAUCCGAAAUAUCGGAAACGACGGAACCCUUGUAAAUGAUGAUGGCUUCAACGCAGUGUUGACGAGAAAUUUCCACCGGGAUAUUGUGGAGCCCAGCAAUAACCCCAUGUUCAGCUUAGAAGGUCACCAUAAUGGACCCCAUGUUUGGGUAGAUGGUCAGCUAUCUGCCCCUGCCACGGCUGCUCAAGAUCCUGUUUUCUUCAUGCACCAUUCCUUCAUUGACUACUUCUGGAGUCUCUUUAGAAGGAGACAGAGAUCACUGGGUAUCAAUCCGGCGUUCGAUUACCCGCCAACUGGUAACCCUUUACAACAACCGUUUGCCCAAAUGAUACCGUUUAAUUUGCGUAAUAUUCAUGGAUACAGUGAAUAUUUCGCUGGUAGAACCGUGUAUGCACCAUCUCCGACGUGUCCAGAUUGUGGGGGUAGUUCCUAUCUCGAAUGUGUGUCAGGCUCGUGUAGAUCUCGUGUAGGUGUUACUCCAGGAGGGGGUGGAGGUAUGGCAAUGGCCGCCAGUUUCGCAGGAAGGGGCGCAAUGGGUGGGAUGGCUCGAGCAAGCGUUGGCGGUCCUGAACGUGCCCAGGCUACAGUGAGGGCAACUGGAGCUCUCAACAUUGGUGGAAGAUUCCGUUCUCCUUUCCGAGACCCCAGGACACGAAUGGAUACCUUACCCAAUGCUCCAGAAAACCGCAUCAGAAGAAGUGUGCCGACAGCUAAUGACACUGCAACCAGUUCCAAUGCAAACAUGGACACUUCUCAAAUAAACCGGCCAUAUCAGAACACAUUUGUACUGAACGGAGAAGCUAAUCCAAGUCUUUGGGCUUUUGUCCCCAUUAGAAUUAUAUUCGAGAGGCCUCCCGAUGCCAAAUUCGAAUCCUAUUUGAUUCGAGACGGCAAAUUAGUAAAGAGCUCUGAUAUGUUCUCAAUUAAGAAUCAUACAGGUUUCACCCUCGAGAUCAGGAAAAAGAUGCCAGCGACCUACAAGAAAUGUCAUGUUUCCGGUUCCGGUGCUUCAAAAGUGUACGUCCAGACCGACGGUAUUGACUAUUCCGGCAGGUACAAGGACUACGCAGUAGUAGAUGAGAGACUACCUAUCUCGUCAUCUAUGACGUAUGUUGGGGUAAAAAAUCCUACUGAAGGGGCAGCACAGUUCUACAUGACCGCGUACGACUCUUGCGGACGUGUUUGUAGACCGCAAUGUCUCAUUAACGGAAACUACCAGCCAUGCUCAGGCGCUUUCCGCAUAACGUCCUCAUUUCCAAAGAUGUAUGGAAUAACCUUUGAGGAUGCGGUCAAGGGAAUCUGGAAGAAAGGUGAAGGUCUAAAUGUUGAAUCAAAUGGAGCUGGAAUACCUGUUACUUUCCUUUGUGAAAUCCAAUAUUCCUGGCCCUGGACACAGGAAACAAGUCAGUUCUAGAUCCGGAUUUUCCUCCCAUUGCACUUGUCGCCUGAAACAUUUUAGAACUUCUGCUAAUAUGUCAAAGUCGUCUUUUGUUUUACAAAAUGCACCAUAGAUGAACUUUAUGGGGAAAUAUCUUUACAACCGAAAUCUUGAAUAAUUGAAAUUCCUAUUUUUUCAUACUUUUGUUUGUUUUAUAUAAAUAAACAUAAUAAAAUUGAUUGACAAAUUGUAAA